GAUGAAGCGGCUGGGGUCCUUUCGCCGUCAUGCCAAAACAAAAACCACAUCCCCAUCGGAACAUUCCGACGCCGCUUUUCCGUCAGGGCCAGCACCGGCCCUCCCCGCUCGACUAUAUCGAUUCAAUAGAAUGGCCGAGUUGUGGAAUCGGUCUUGCAAACUGUCCAGUCCUUGUAUCUUAAAGGACCUGCUCGACGACCCCUGCUACACCUCAACAUCAAGAUGGAAGAUUGGGAUAUCAGCAAACCGCUUGCUUCUCUCCCAAGCAUUAACCUCACUCGGCUCGGCCCAGGGAUCUCGUUCUUGCUGCCUCUGUCGCGGAGAGGACAUGGUCCAGGGUUGAUUCUUCUGGUGCCCAACACUGAUCACUCGCUGGACAUUAUCGAUGGAGUGCCAUCACCCCUCAUCAAAUGGGCGGAGGAAGGAUAUUCGGUGGUUGAAGUCCAAGAACAAGCUUUGGCUGGCGGUGGCCACGAUGCAUUUACCAUCGCUUUGGACGCUUUGGUAGCUAGCAAGGACUGUGACAAUGGAAAGAUAGGCUUAAUCGUGUACGACCCUCAAUUGUGGACUUCCGUGGCCACCACCAUCCCUGGUAUCCCGAGCAUCGUCGCAAUCGUGAUGUAUGGAGAGGCCGGAUCUAAACUCCCAAGUGCCUGUACUCCAGCCGCCCAGCCGAUUCUCUGCCACCUUGCGGGCACAAGACCCAAGACUCAGAGCCGCCAGACCAGGCAGCCCUCCCGGGAGUAUUAUUACCCCACCGCCAAAUCCUUCUUGUUUGCCACGCCCUUCGCCGACGACUUUCUGUAUGGCCCGGAGUCCAUCUCUCAUACUCGCAGUCUGUCUUUCCUAAAGCCCUUGAUGGCAGGCCCAUACUUUGAUUUGGAGGCCAUCUGGGACGAGCACACUUUCUAUGAAUUCACCGACCGAAGUGUGGAGCACACCAUGAGUACUAUGGUUGCUCAGCCAUACGUGAAUCAUGUUCCGACGCUUACCGGCGGAAUUGGUCGUGAAUCUCUUACUCACUUCUACCGGCACAACUUCAUCUUCAACAAUUCCGCCGAUACCGAGACAGAGCUGAUCAGCCGAAGCCUCGGCAUUGACCGCGUCAUCGACGAGUUCAUCUUUAAAUUUACCCAUGACCGGGAGCUGGAUUGGCUUCUGCCCGGAGUGCCGCCAACACAGAAACGCGCUGCAAUCCCCUUCACGGCAAUAGUGAAUAUCCGUGGGGAUCGACUGUAUCACGAACAUAUUUCAUGGGAUCAAGGUACCGUGCUUGCACAACUCGGACUUAUACCGGACUAUUUGCCCUUCCCAUGUCCUCUGCCAGAUGGUCGGAGGGUUGAGUACCGCGUGCCAGUGUGUGGAAUAGCCACGGCGGAGAAAUUGCGAGAUCACACGGCGGUACCUUCGAACCAGCUCUUCGAGUAUAAGGUGCGGGAAUACAUGGAAGAGCCGUGAGUCACUGUGUUUAAAGAGCAGCGCCCCAUACGGGAAUCAUACGCCCAGUUAUCAACCUGCAAUGUCAGUAGAUUACGAUGCCAGGAUUCUUAAAAAUGACCUGGUCUAGUCUCUAAUGGAUGGGCAAGAUAGCGAGAUGCACAAGGCGC